AUGAGCACCGACGCAUCCCUAAGGACGUUCUUCUCGUCCAAAAAUUUUGCCGUCGUUGGCGCAAGCUCAAACACGGCCAAGUUUGGUCACAAGAUCUUCGCCUGGUAUCUCCACCACGACAUCCAGGCCAUCCCAAUCAACCCAGCCGCGCCCUCCAUCGCCGUGCCAUCCCUCCCGGACGCCGCAGGCAAGCCCUCAGAGAUCCCAACUGUCAAGUCUCUCUCGGCCCUGCCCGACCCCAAGGAGACCUCCGUGUCCAUAAUCACCCCUCCCCCGGUCACCCUGAAGGUGCUCGAGGAGGCCAAGAAGCUAGGAAUCCCAGCCGUGUUCCUGCAACCCGGCACCUUCGACGACGAGGUCCUGAAGUACGCUCGCGAGGGCGAGGGCGAGGAUGCCGGCGCCCAGGCCGACGGCCAGGGGUUCAAGGCCGUCGUGGCUGGCUUCGGCGGCGGCACCGUCGGCAGCGAGGGAUGGUGCGUGCUUGUCGACGGCGAGAGGGGUCUGAAAACGGCGGGUAAGCUGUAG